AUAUACUAACUGAACUACGCUCGUCGCUCAUACGCACUACGCUGUGUUUACCGUCUACGACUGUCUUCUGCAUCUUUUUGUCUGUUUCUAGUUUGUUCCUCUAUUUUGCCAUGUCUGUUGUGGUUAAAACGUGUUGUAAAUGCCAACGAUUGUAUUUUCCUCAUUUCAUCCACGAUUGCAAUGUACUAGAUACUUCAUUGAUACCUAGUACAUUACAAUCGUCAGAUCGAGCGAAAACAGUUAUCAAUACUAAGCAACAAAACAUUAGGCCAAACACUACAGAAAUAGAUGAUGGUACCGUUAGUAACGAAAUUUUAUAUUCAACUAUUAUUGGGGCAGUGCUGAAAUAUCCUGCUUAUAGAUGGGACCAUCGUCUACCUUUAAAGGACCGGACUGAGAUCAAAAAAAGAAAAUUAUGGGAAUUGGUGCAUUUGGAGUGUGGAGGUAAUUAUGAUGUACCAUCAAUUAUUAGUAAGUGGAAAUAUUUGAGGGAUAAGUAUGCGAGGGAAAAAAAAAAUUAUAAACGUCCAUCUGGUAGUGGCAGUACGCAGUUCAAAGUAUGGGAGCAUUUUGAAGAACUCAAGUUUCUUGAGGAUAUUGUAGCUGUUGAACCUACUACUUCUUCAAACUUGUCACUUGAAAUGGACAAAAGUAGUCCAACCAUUUCAAAUGCUUCAUCAUCAAGAAAAAGAAAAACGCAUGAUGUUAUUGGUGAAGCUAUUCUAAGUGAAUUAAUAUCGUCUAGGCCUAAAACACCACCACCUACUACAACACCAACAGUGACUGACCCAUUUUGCGCCUAUUUGAUGGAUACAAUGAAGGAUUUACCGAAUAGCAUAAAAACUCAAUUGCAAGAGGAUAUAUUAGCAUUGGUGUUUGCUGAAAAAAAAAAGCACCGUUCAAAAGAUUAGUACAAAUUUUAUUUUUGAUAUAUGUCUCUUC